UCAUAUAAGCAGUCGCUAAUAAUAUUCUAUCAUUUUAUUUUUGUCGUUAAAAUAAAAUUAUCGAUCAAUUACAGCACGUGGUUGUGUAAAACAUGUACAAAACGAUACUUAGGUAAGUCUAAGUGAUUGGGACGGGGCAUUAAAUGGGAUUUUGAUAGAACCCAAUCGAUGGCAGACCAUCGGAGACGAAAUUGUGAGCACAAGACUCGUACGGAGUACAGACACUCCUGGUGCAUGCAAUCGAAGACAAAAAGACUGAAAUAUAAUAAUUAUUAUUCGCCUGUCAUGGACGUGAUCAAAGUGGCACCAGAUCACAACAACAUUGCAUUGGAAAUUCGACUCGAUUUGGAAGACGAGACGGAAAAUCAGGAACCCGUCGACGAUAAUCUUGCGGCAUACGGUAUCAACGGAAAUCCGCCAUCGUACUUAACACCGCUGUUAGCCAUUCAGAACGUAGUGACAACUUUAAGUUGUUUGAUCUUCUUGUAUAAUAUUUUGGCCCCGAAACUAUGCAUUUUACCAGAGGACCCGGCACGCGCGAACUUGUUAGCCACGGCUGUCAUGAUGGCCGGUAUAAGCACCUUGAUGCAGACAUUUUUGGGUGUCAGGCUCCCGAUUGUACAGUCCAGUGGAUUUGUGUAUCUGUUCUGCACGUUACCCAUAUUGGAACUGCCAGAAUGGAAAUGUAGUAGCAACAUUGAUCUGUUCUCGAUGGGUCCCGAGGCUCGGACGUUAGAAUGGAAUCUCCGGGUUCAGAACAUUCAAGGCGCUAUGAUCAUCAUUGGUGUCAUUCAAAUGUUUUUGGGCUAUUCUGGAUUUAUUGGAAAAUCGCUGAAGUACAUAACGCCGCUGACCGUAGUGCCGACCAUGUGCCUCAUAGGGCUAUCGGUUAUAGAAAAAGGAGUGUUUUUAAUGUCGGGAAAUUGGACCACGGCCAUCAUAACGCUAUGUUUACUGACGUUAUUCUCACAAUAUUUGCGAAAAGUCGCCAUUUCCUUGCCAGUCUAUUCAUCUCGAGGUGGACUGUUCAGAGUUCGGUUGAAAAUUUUUGCACUGUUUUCGAUAUUAUUCAGCGUAAGCAUUGUGUGGAUUGUGUGUGCUUACCUGACUUCCAGGAAUAGUCUAUUGCCAACAGAUCCGACAAACACGGAAUCGAAGACUGGAGUAUUGCGCAACGCACCGGUCUUCCGAAUACCUUAUCCUUUUCAAUGGGGUCGGCCAACAUUUAGCUUGACGUCGGUAUUAACCAUGCUACCUGCGCUUUUCGUUAACGUUGUAGAGUCAGUUGCCAAUUAUUACACGUGUGCGAGAUAUUCCAAUUUAACGAAACCUCCAAAGAAUGCGGUAAAUCGAGGUAUUGGCGUCCAAGGUAUCAGUACAAUUUUUGCUAGUUUACUGGGUACAGGCUCCGGUAUCAGCUCGUCCAGCGAAAAUGUUGGAAACAUCGGAAUCACCCGAGUGUGCAGUAGAAACGUGAUCGCUCUCGCAGCGUGCAUAAUGAUCUUCGUGUCCACAUUUACCAAACUAAUCGCACUGUUGAUUACUAUGCCGGAUCCUGUAUUAGGGGCAAUGACGUCCGUACUACUUGUGUUGAUUGGAACCGUAGCGCUAUCUAAUCUACAGUUCAUAAAUCUCAACUCGUUAAGAAAUAUGUAUAUUCUCGGAUUGUCAAUAUUUUUUGGAUUGGCGAUUCCAAAGUAUGUCUCAACUGUACACGGUAAUAUCAUCAACACUAAAUAUGAAACCGCCCAUGAUGUCGUAGUUUCGUGUUUGUCCUCGGGAAUAUUUAUCGCCGGAUUUAUUGGUUUUAUUUUAGAUAAUACAAUUCCAGAUGACGACGAUGCGGUCAACAGUAAUACGGACUACAAUAACGGUAAAGAACUCAAUAAGAGUCCUAACAAUACCGUUGACGAACAAGUAUACAAGAUUUCAGAUUAUCUCUUCGAUAAAAUUAAUUAUUGUAUGACAUUUUUUAUAUAAUACACGCGAUGUCAUAAUAAUAAUACUAUGUGAAUAUGUAUUAUAUCGAUAUGAUUUUCGAUAAAAUACAUAAUACAUAUUAUAUUAUUAUAGAUAAUCGAUUGACUGAGCUCAUUAUUUACUUCUCCCUAUAAUUUUGUUUUUAUAUUUGUUUUAUUUUAUUUUAUUUUUUCACUUUGAUGUAUUAAUUAUCUAUAAUAAAAGUAUUGUAAAGUUCGACGACUGCGCGCGCUUGAUUCGUUUCAUGACGUGACAGAACUAUAUUUUAUUUCCUGUGUCUAUUUAAAUAUAAUAUAAUAUAAUAUA